AUGAAUUCGAGGGACGGACAGCGGACAGCGUCAUGCACUACGCCAAUACUGGUCCACAACCCCCACCUGGACGGACUCAAAGACGACGUCCUCUAUCACUUCAGUCUGGGAACAGAAACACAUGACCUCCCUGCAAUGUUUGGUGAUGUUAAAUUUGUUUGUGUCGGCGGUAGUCCAUGGAGAAUGAAAUCGUUCAUUGAAUACAUUGCUAGUAUACUUGGAAUGGAGGACCCCAAAGCAGAAUAUCCAAACAUCUGUGCUGGAACCGACCGCUACGCUAUGUACAAGAUUGGACCUGUGCUUUCUGUUAGUCAUGGGAUGGGGAUUCCUUCCAUCGCCAUAAUGUUACAUGAGUUAAUAAAGUUGCUGCACCACGCACACUGUACCGAUGUCACCAUUUUCCGCAUCGGGACCUCUGGGGGAAUAGGGCUGGAACCUGGCACUGUCGUCGUCACCAAACAGUCAGUGGAUGCAAACUUCCUGCCUAAGUUUGAGCAGGUGAUUCUGGGUAAAACUGUGAUGCGGAACACAGACCUGGACUCAGGCCUGGCCCAGGAGCUGAUGGACUGUAGUCAGGAGCUCGGCCAGUUCCACACGCACUCGGGGAACACCAUGUGCACCAUGGACUUCUACGAGGGUCAAGCACGCCUGGAUGGUGCUUUCUGCUCUUACACGGAGGAAGACAAACAAGAGUAUCUUCGAAACGCUCAAAAUGCAGGAGUUUGCAACAUUGAAAUGGAGUCGUCGGUCUUUGCUGCUAUGUGCAAGAUGAGCGGCCUUCGUGCGGCCGUGGUGUGUGUGACGUUACUCGACCGUCUUAAAGGAGACCAGCUGACCGGCACUCACGACGUCCUCAACACUUAUCAACAGAGACCUCAGAUCCUGGUGGGACACUACAUCAGGAAGCACCUCACUCGCAACAAAUGA